AUGGAUCGCAACAGACUCAACAGCAUUGGCUUCAAACAAUACAGAUAUAAUGGCAACUACUCGCGUGAGCAGAUUGAAGACAUCGCUCAGAAGUACAGCAACGCCUUCUACAACAGAGGAGUCAAUCCAAACACUAGAGUCGAAGUCGUCCUGAGAUAUCCAGGCAAUCAGUUCAGAUCAGGUAGAUUCACAAAGGUAGGUGAGCGCAUUGACAUGUUCCAUCCACAUGACUACGACGGUGCACCGAUAGACGAACCUGACACAUUCCAAUCAUUCAGCAUAUUCGUACAGAAGGCUAAUCCCAAAGCAGGAGGAUGUAACAGUGAAUGGAACAACUGUCUAUAUCACUGUAUCAAGGAGUGUUAUCCAGACAUUAUCAUCACUUGCAAUGCACCUCUUCGACUGAAGAAGUUCCUUAACAUUGAUGCCAAGGCCCCUGUCGCAAUCAACAUGCUCGCAAAUGUCGAGGACAAGUUCAAGACACAUACCAACUCAAAGGUGUUGCAAUCAAGAAGCAGGAUAGAGUGA